AUGAGUCGACAUGUUGGAGUAGACAUAGGCACAUCGUCAAUUCGUGUCACUUACGACUCUCAGACUAAUGAACUACCCAUUGGUACACAUAGGGGGAAAUUUAUCUCUCAGUCGUCAGUGCCAAUUUACAAAUCACUAUUGCAAUUGUUACCAUCCCAAUAUGAUUCUAUUGCUAUAUCAGCCACCUGCUCCGCUGUCAUUACGCGAAAGAGAAAUGGAUAUCUAGAGCCAUUCAAUAUAGAAUCAACUGAGACACCCUCGGAUAUUUUACUUUGGAUGGACAAUUCUGCAAUAAGGGAGACUGAAUUUCUCAACAAUUUAUGCACAAGCGAGAUUAGUCAAGCACGACGUCAAUUAGGUGGCAAGUUCGUUGCCGAACUCGGACUUCCUAAGUUGAAAAUGAUUCAAAACUUGUUUGGAAACGAGGACUUGGUCUGUUUUGAGUUGUAUGAUUGGAUCAGUUAUUUGUUGAAAUAUGAAGCAACAGAUGGGAAAGUUGCGUACCACCCUUUUGAGCACCAUGAAAGUGCCGAGAUGUACGCAAUCGAUGGAUCGAUUAAAGGCUGGUCGAAAAAGUUGCUCAGCGAAGCUGGGAUUACCCUUGAGAUUGGCGGAAUAAGUCUACCCAGCGAUGUCCCACGAUUAGGUGAGCCUAUUGGCGUGGUGUGUGGCACAAAUGCUGUCAUUGGACAUGGAUGUAUUGACUGUUACGCAGGUUGGAUCAACUCGUACUCAGGUACAAACGCAAACUCCUGCUUCAUGGUUGCGGGCACAUCUACAUGCUUCAUCUACAGUAGCCAACAGAGGGGUUACCACCCAGGAAUAUGGGGACCAUACCGUCUUGCCAAAGACAGCCAAUGGCUCUACGAAUUUGGACAACCCGCAACAGGUAAAUUAUACGAACGAGUAUUUGAAAAACAUGGAUUACUGAGAAAUGACUACGCAACAACUUUCAAAACACUUGAGGAAGAAACUAGAGCCAAGAGCCAGAGUGGAAAAGGUAUACACGAGUUAUUAAAGGGUUACUUCUACUAUGGUGAUGUAUAUGGAAACAGAACACCAUACCAAGAUGGCAACAUGUCAGAAAUGAUUGUUGAUAACCCCAAUGGACCAUUGGGACCAAUUAUUAACACCACCACUCCUGAAUCAUUACUUGCUGAAUACAACCUCAUCAUGGAAUUUAUUGUGUUCCAAACGAAAGAACUCAUUGAACCUUUAGGAAUAGAUACCUUGAUCAUCUCCGGAUCGCAGUCAAAAAAUACUAGAUUUGUCCAACUACUUGCUGAUGUGUGUAAUGUAUCAGUCAAGGUGAUUAGUGCCGAUUGUUGUCUAGGCGCAGCGAAAAUGGGCCAUAUAGCUCAACUAUGUCAACAAAACUGGGCAUACGAGAAUGCUUUUGACGAAGUGACAAAGGGGAAUACAUCAUCAAAGGUAGUGAAUCCAGGUGAAAGCUGCGGCAUGAAGUCUCCUACCCUGGAGACUGAAUUGUCGUUGUUAUAUGUCAAGUAUGAAAUUUACCUGGAUAUGGCAAAUAGACAAAGACAGUACAGAGACAUGAUGGGAGAUAUAUAUAGCUGA